CACGGUCGUAGUGAUGAUGUUGUCGGCUAUGUAGCUGCAGGCUGACGUGUUUGUGGUAGAUUACUCAUUCGUGUUUGCAUGUUGAGAGCCAAGAUACUCGAGCUGAAUCGGGAUUGGUUCCUCCACAGCUUAUUUAUCCGCAAUUAAUUUCCUGGGCCCCGCCCAUCUUGUUACCAACGACGCGUAUUGUCAGCGAGUGUUCAUGCCUCUCCACGGGGUAGGGAAGCCCUCGGGUAAAACCACUGUCAUCGCUCCUGACGAGCUCUAAGGAUUAGCUUAAACUCAUUUGAAAUAUUAACAAUGAAGGGUUAGGUUACUUUAUGAAGCCAACAGUAGGACUGUAUCAGUCUCGGACAGUGCAUUAGGCCCUGACAGUGUUGGAGAUAGCGACUCACUGCUGUUCAGGUUUCAGGUGAAGAGGUACAACCGCUACCUGUGCCGUGCUCGUAGAGGACUAAUUUAGUUAGCAUUUAGACUAGCGAGGUGGUUGACAAGAUCGUGUUGAAGUCCGACUGGGAACUCCGAUAUGAAACAGUUUCUAACUUUUACAGCUAUUAUAUGAAUUGUUUAAAGACACACAUUGAUCUAUUCACCAACGUUUGAGCUUCUUCAAGAAGGAAGACGUAGCAUUAGGUAACAGACUUGUUAAGGAUAUAUGAUUUCAAGUCUUUACUGGAAGUGAGAUUCGAACCCGGACUAUCAAUGAGUGCCACGACGAGAAGUUUCCACAGCAUCGAUGCCUUGCUUGGCUUGCGGGGUAGCGAGGGUGGACACCCCUUCCCCAGCCAUACCCAAGACAUGCUGAGGGGGUUCGCCGAUGCUGGGUUGGUAACAGAGAGGAUUUCCGAAGAGAAGAAAUCAGGAGAGGAUAUCUCGAGGUCUCGGCACAGUCAGAGUCACAGCGAAGGGGAGUCAGAUGGCCAGUGCGGGGACGAUGAUGACGAUUCUCCCAAAAAGAAACACCGUCGAAACCGGACUACUUUCACAACAUACCAGCUGCACGAGCUCGAGCGCGCGUUCGAGAAGUCCCACUACCCGGAUGUAUACAGCAGAGAAGAGCUAGCCAUCAAAAUAAACCUCCCAGAGGUUCGAGUGCAGGUCUGGUUUCAAAACAGGAGAGCAAAAUGGCGUCGCCAGGAGAAACUUGAGGGCGGGAAGCUGACGGAAAGCUAUUCUGGGCCACCAGUCACCAAACGCACGACCAACAUGUUGACCUCCACCUUGCCACUUGACCCCUGGUUGACCCCACCGAUAGCAAGCGCAUGCGCUCUCGGUAAUGGCGUCCAUCAACCAAUCACAACUUCUACGCAAGGUCUGACGUCAUUAAGCCCAGUGUUCUCACAGACGCCGACGUCGUACCCGAGUUUCUUCUCUCCUGCAUUUCAGUCCAACGCCAUCACAUCUAAACUACAUACAUUCUCGGGUGUGUUUAAUCCCCUGACCGCCAAACUGGGGGACGCCGACCCCAGGAAUUCCAGCAUCGUGGCCCUGAGGAUGAAGGCACGGGAGCAUCUAGAGACAAUUGAGAAGAAAUAUACAGGAGGAAUGGUCUGAAGCCAUCACCACAUUCUGGUUUACGUGUUUUAACUCUGGACCCUAUACACCGUGUCCCUUUCUAUGGACAUUAUGUACUCCGUGUCCCUGUUGGUGGACUUUUAUGGACAUCACACAUCGUCUUAUUCAUGGACAUUAUAGAUACAGUGUCCCUGAUCAUGGACAUAAUAUACACCUCACAGUGCUCAAGGACAUUGUACACACAUCGUUCCCUUCUUGGACUUCGUGCACACAUUGUUCCUGCAUUUUACACAAUGUUCUUGUUCAUGGUCACUUUACACAAUGUUCUUGUUCAUGGUCACUUUACACAGUGUCCGUGUCCAGGGACAUUGUAAACUCAUCGCCUCUUUAUGGACUUAAUACACACUACGUCCCUUUUCAUGGACAUAACAUACCCCAAGUCCAUUCAUGGACAUUACACACGCUGUCUUUGUUCAUGGACAUUGCGUAAAACAUAACCAUUCAUGGACAUUAUACAUACAACGUCCCUGUUUAUGGACGUAAGACGCGAGGCAUUGAACACAGAAAGCCGUGACAUUUAAUACACCAUAUUCCAUUCAUGGACAUUAAAUAACAUAUCCAUGCUGAUGGACAUUAUGUAUAUAUUGUCAAUGUGUUUUUCCUAACUGUGCAACACUGACCUGGUAAGAACAUACUCUCAUCUUGUAUGCUGGUGUCAAGUUAUUUUGUGAUGUGCCUGUUUCAUUAUGUAAAUACAUUAUCUUUAUACUCUGGAAGGUUCCCGUGACAAUGGCACAUGCGGUUAGGACACCCAGUUAUUAUAUUUCUUUUCAAGGUCCAAACUUUGCUUGAAUGUUUGCUGGAUUUAUGCAUUGUGGUGUAGUGAUGGAUGAUGUAUGCAAUAAAUAUUAAACAAAACCU